AUGUGUCGUUUGACUAAUUAUCAUGAAAGUAGUCUGGCGAGAAACGUGUUAAUUAAAUCUGUUGUCUGUUUAAAAAUGAACCAUCUCGAAUCGAUUGCAAAACUUCGAGAAAGACUUCUGCGUUUAAUCAAAUUGGGUGAACCUAAGCAAAUACAUUCGUCCACCACACAAACAAUUGACGACAGUGCAAACAAGACAUUGUCUGAUCUCACAGCAAACGUUGAAGAAUGUGUUCGUUGUCUUUUCAAUACUUCAUAUACAAUCGAAACAUUUGUUCGAAAUGUUCAACAAAUAUUAAACGUCACGAUUAAAAAUAGUCUAGUUCUCUUUCUCAUCGAAACUAUUCCAUUAGCACAUCAGUAUCUGCAGCAAAAUCAAUGUCUUCCAUAUUCAUGGGAUGCAUUCAAAUCGAUCGCGUUACAAUCGACUGCGUCAUCUAAUCCAUCCGAGACCACUCGACUUCCAUCUUUACAACAGGCACAUUUUCGUCUUCCGCCGUCUUGUCCUCAGUUAAUCGAUCUGACUGCACCAUGUGCAAUAGGUUUAACGCCUUACAUUCGACCGGAUGCGGAUGUUUAUCAACAAAAAUUAAUCAAUCGUUUUGCACGAAAGAAUUUUUAUUUAAGCCAAUGUGGCGAACAGCUGAUUCUUCAAACAUUGUAUGCCUUUCUCACACAUAUCGUCCGACGCCUUCGCUUCUUUGCCCAACAUCGACUCGACACUCGCCUCUUCAACUCGGAUAUGUACGAUAUGACGAGUAAUGUUCGUGAGCAAAUCCGAUUUUUGGUUGAAUUGAACAAAUGCCAAACUGGUGAAUCAAAUCAAAAUUUGAAUAUCGAGCGUUUUUAUCAACGACAAGCGGAAUUAACAGCUCCUGAUCAAAUGGAAGAGCUAAAGUGUCACUCAACAGCACGGAAUUCUCGAUUGUCUCUAAUGGAAGACAUACGACAAAGAGAAGCUGACGAAACCGCAUGUCUUGUUCUACGUGAGAGUCGUUUGAAACGACAGAAAACCGGUGAAAACAACCAACGAAUCAAACCAGCUCGAAUCAUACGUGGUAACCUACAAGAUCUAAUCAUUGUUAUGGAGAAUGAAGCAAUCCUCAGGCGAUCAAAAAGUCUCCUGUAUGCUUAUGUAAAUAGAUAA